AUGCAAACGUCCCUUUACAGUCCAGUUAAAAGCGAAGCUCCACCAGCCCCACAGUCCCUUAAGUGUUAUGGGAUCACUGGUCCGAUCAGUGAGGAUCUGCCUGAAGAGGCUGAUCUGAUCCAGACCAAAGAACUGGUCCAAAGUCUCACAUCGUAUGAUGUAUUUGAGGACAAUUUAGAGCUUCGUCACAGAGAGGAGGUUCUUAAAAGACUGGAGUCACUCUAUAAGGAGUGGCUCAAAGAAGUCUGUGUAAGGAUGAACGUCCCUGAAGCAGUAACAGCCAAAGUGGGAGGAAAGAUCUUCCCAUUUGGCUCCUAUCAUCUGGGAGUCCACUCAAAAGGUGCUGACAUUGAUGCCCUUUGUGUCGGACCCGGAUUUAUAGAAAGGAAGGACUUCUUCACCUCCUUCUUUGAGAAGCUGAAAGCUCAGAAGGAGGUCCAAGAUCUACGGGCCAUUGAAGAGGCUUUCGUCCCAGUCAUCAAGAUGUCCUUUGAUGGGAUUGAGAUUGACUUAGUCUUUGCGAAGUUGGCACAGAGGAGUGUUCCUGAUAACCUUGAUCUUCUCAAUGAAAAUCUGUUGAUGAACAUAGAUAAAUUCUGCAUCAGGAGCCUCAAUGGCUACAGAGUAACUGAGGAGAUCCUCCGUCUUGUGCCAAAUAUUUACAACUUCAGGCUGGCUUUGAGAGCCAUCAAGCUGUGGGCCAAACGGCGUAACAUUUACUCCAAUAUGCUGGGCUUCUUGGGCGGUGUGUCUUGGGCCAUACUGGUGGCCAGAAUCUGCCAGGUGUACCCGAAUGCGACAGCGUCCACCCUGGUGAUAAAGUUCUUCAAGGUCUACUCCAUGUGGGAGUGGCCAAUCCCAAUUCGCUUGAGGAGAGUAGAUGACCUCCACCUCAACCUUCCGUUUUGGGAUCCCAGGUUUAAUCUGAGUGACCGCUACCACCUGAUGCCCAUCAUCACCCCAGCGUACCCACAGCAGAACACGAGCUUCAACGUGUCUCCCUCCACCUUAGCCGUCAUAACGGACGAGAUUGAACGCGGCCAUGCCAUCACUGAAGAGAUUCAGCAGAAAAAAGUGGACUGGUCAAAACUGUUUGAAACACCAGACUUUGUUGAGAAGUACAAGCAUUACAUUCUGCUGAAAGCAUCUUCAGCUACCACGCAGCAGCAUCUUGAAUGGGUUGGCCUGGUGGAAUGCGUGUUUCUCGCAGGCCGACCAGCCACAAAAAGAAAAGGCUUGUCAGACUUUGAGAUGCCAGCUAAGAGGCUCAAAGCUAAGAAGGAAUCUGUGGCUGUGACAAACAAAUCCUUGGUCCAGGCGUCUACGCCCAUCCAACACGCUCCACCCGCCACAGUUCCACGGGCCACAAAACGACAACUCUCCCCUCUUUCAGAAACUUCAACAUCAAAGAAGUUAAAAGUCAGUGAGGAACCAACUUCAGAGACUAAAGGCCCCUGCUCUAACGUGUCCUCCAGUGGUGUCUCGCUCAGUCCGUCUCUCAGCGAGACCUCACAAAGCAUUAAGAGACCCAGAACUCCUGAGCCUGAGACGCCAAGCAAAAAGUUCAAACUUGACCUGACUCCGCCCCCUGUCGAGCUCUCAGACUUGCCUCCUGGGCCCACCAAGCCUGUGACAACUGUGAAACGUGUCAUCAAGUUUCAGCUUCUCAGGUACAGCACAGGCUUAAGAAUAGAGACUUCUGAGUUUCCUCUAGCUGCACACACUUCUCCUCUUUCCUACAUUGUCAUGUCCCACAUAUGA